AUGAAUGACUCUUAUCAAUCGAUAUUUGCAACAAAUAUGCUUACAACUCGACAACGUGUACCAUUUCGUGAAGUACCAUCAGUUCAUAUGAUUAAAUUAGAACGUGGUCUUAUUCAACGUUCACUUCUUUAUUGUUUUGAAAAAGGUUAUUUUUCAUUAAUUCGUUAUUUACUGCAAUCAGGUUCAGCUGAUGCAUGUGAACGUGAUAAUGAAGGUCGUAAUGGACUCAUGUAUUGUUGUUUUAUUGAUAAUGAUUGUUGGGCACAAAAUAUUGCUAUGACUUUACUUGAAUAUAGGGCAAAAGUAGAAGAUCAAGAUCAACGUGGACUUAAUGCAUUACAUUAUGCUAUUAUAACACAACGACCAAUAUUAGUUCGACGUUAUCUUGCUUCACUUGAUUUUGAUCUUAAUCGAACAACAGAUAUUUAUGGGAAUACAUGUUUACAUUAUGCAUGUUCAACCGGUAAUGUUGAUAUUACUCGUUCUAUUCUUGAUGCUAUGAAACGUUAUUCAAUUGAUAUAACAAUUAAAAAUCAUCGUGGAUCAACAGCAUAUGAUAUUGCUUGUGCAUUAAAACAUGAACGUUGUCAAAAUUUAUUACGUAAUGAUAUAAUACUUCAUGAACGUAAUAAUCAAAUACCAACAAAUACAAAUGUAUCACAUUUAACUAUUAAACAAGUAAUUGAAAGACGUUCAUCAAUACCAGUUCGAAUGCGUUCAAUAACAUUAACAACAAAUCAUACUGAAUCAGUUGCAUCAGUACCAAUAUGUGUUUCAAGUUCGAAAAAUUUUCUUAAUCAUUUUUCAACUACAUUAAAUGAUAAUAAUGAAAAUGUUGUUUAUCCACCACCAAUAUUUGUUGAUCCAAUUGAAUCACGUCGUAUAACACUUAAACGUAACGAAAGUCUUGAUAUAUCACUUACUAAUCAAGCUAAAAACCGAGCUGACUUUGCUGCAUCACCAUUAAUAAGUCAAAGUUCUGUUUUUACUUCAUCAUCAUCAACAUGGCGUAAUGAUUUUUCAAAAAUGAUUAAUGAAUUACAAAGAUUUAAAACACCAUCAUAUAGAAAAACCAUUCAUCCUCCGUUAAGUACUGAAUUACCAAGUGAAUUAUUCGAUAAUUCACCUGAAAUGAGUGCUGUAGAUGGACGUGAUAGUAGCCAUCAUCAUGCACCAUCACCUUUUCGAACUGGUGUAUCACAGAAAGUUAUUCAUCGACGACGUAGUAGCACAUCUAGUGGCUUGACACCGCACAAAACAAAAAAAUAA